AUGACAAAAGAAGAAUUUCCCGCCCUCUUCCCAGGAGGCAGCUCCUUUUUGAAACGAGGGCCUCGCGUGCCUUCAGCGCCGCAGCCAAUCGCCUCCCGGGAAGGAGGGGCGAUCCGGCCAAUCACAGCGUGCCCUGGCGCCUGGCGGUUGAGAGUGGCACGCGAGGCAGUUGGCGGAGGAGCAAUGUCUGACUGGGAAGACGACGAGGGCGGCGAGGUGGCGCCCCGCGGGCAGCCCUCCUUGGCCGAGUGGCGCCCGAGGGCCACGACGGCCCCCCGCGAGGACCACGAGGGGAGGGGCAGAGGCGGCUACCGGGCCGGGAGGGGGGGGCCGUGGACUGCGUCGAGAGGAGGAGACCCCGCGGGAGCGCCGCUCUGCUUCCACCUGGACAACGCCCUCGUCGGCGCCCUCAUAGGCCGAGGUGGAUCUAGAAUUAAAGAGCUUGAGGAUUCAUCAGGUUGUAAAAUAAAGGUUAUGCGGGGAGAUUAUGAAGCUGAAGUAAAGGUAUUUGGUGAUAACGAUAAGAAAAGGAAAGCCAAAAUGCUGAUUGAUGAUCUUAUAGAUAGAGCUAAACAAAGCAGUGCAGGAGAAAUGUGUGUUAAAGAUUCUUUCAAACAUCAGCAAGAUGGAAGAACUUACCAUAAUGAAAACUGUUCUGGAACUUUAAAUCUUAAACAGUCUAUUAACUGGACCUCUCUUCGAGAAAAUAAAGCAAAAUAUGAAGCUAUGAAAUGGGCUGAUCUUCCUCCACUUGAAAAAUGUUUUUAUAAAGAAUCACCAAAAAUUGCAUCUAUGUCACAAGAAGAAGCCGAUAGUUGGAGAAAAGAAAACAAUAAUAUAACUUGUGAUGACCUGAAAGAGGGUGAAAAGCGUUGCAUUCCCAAUCCCAUCUGUAAAUUUGAAGAUGCUUUUAAGCAUUAUUCUGAUAUCAUGGCAAAUAUAAGGAAAAACGGGUUUCUGAAGCCUACUCCAAUUCAGGCACAAGCUUGGCCAAUCAUACUUCAAGGAUAUGAUUUAAUUGGAAUAGCACAGACGGGGACUGGAAAGACAUUGGCUUAUCUCAUGCCUGGAUUCAUACAUUUGGAUUUACAACCAAUACCUAGAGAAAAACGUGGCGGACCUGGUAUGUUGGUUCUUAUUCCCACUCGAGAAUUGGCUCUUCAGGUUGAAGCAGAGUGCUCAAAAUAUUCUUAUAAAGGAAUUAAAAGUAUUUGCAUAUAUGGUGGAGGAGAUCGGAGAGGGCAGAUCAACGUUGUAUCCAAAGGUGUGGAUAUUGUUAUUGCUACUCCUGGUAGAUUGAAUGACCUUCAAAUGAACAACUUCAUAAAUCUGAGAAGCAUUACAUACUUGGUGUUAGAUGAAGCUGACAGAAUGCUAGAUAUGGGAUUUGAACCUCAAAUAAUGAAGAUUUUAUUAGACAUACGUCCUGACAGGCAAACAGUUAUGACCAGUGCUACAUGGCCAGAUGGUGUCCGACGUCUUGCAAAAUCAUAUUUAAAAGAUCCUAUGAUUGUAUAUGUUGGUACUCUUGAUUUAGCGGCUGUAAAUACAGUUGAGCAGAGGGUGGUUGUUAUUCCAGAAGAAGAAAAAAGAGCUUUCACACGUUUCUUCAUUGACAGUAUGAAGUCUGAAGACAAAGUCAUCAUUUUUGUGGGCAAGAAACUUACUGCUGAUGACCUAUCAAGUGAUUUCAGUCUUCAGGGAAUACCUGUUCAGUCAUUACAUAGCAAUAGAGAACAAUGUGAUCGUGAACAGGCCUUAGAGGACUUCAGGCAAGGUAGAGUUCGUAUCCUAGUAGCAACUGAUCUAGCUUCCCGUGGGCUUGAUGUACAAGAUAUCACUCAUGUUUUUAAUUUUGAUUUCCCUCGCAAUAUUGAAGAGUAUGUUCACAGAGUUGGUCGUACUGGUCGAGCAGGACGCACAGGAGAAGCUGUUACACUUGUGACAAGGAAUGACUGGCGGGUUGCAUCUGAAUUGAUUGAAAUUCUAGAAAGAGGAAACCAGAUUCAGGAACCGAACCACUGGAUAUGGUGGACCAACUGAAUUCAAAGUUGAUUAUGAAUUUAGCAGAACUUCUGCCUUCACCUGAGCACUGAAUAAGACAGGAAGUGCUUUUGAAAAAAUAGCUACACUUGUACAUAGUAAGUUAGAACUGUCACCUUCUUCUGGUUUAUUGUGAAUGAGCAGAGUGUUAUUGCAGACAGCUUAUUCUCUUUCACUAACACAAGACAGGUAGCAAACCAGAAGUGGGAAGGCAUAGGAUGUGAAAUCCUGAUUUCUAGGUUUAUUGUUGACCAACAAGCCACAACUCAAAACAAUUACAAAUAGGGGUUAACUGCUGGCUUACACAGCAAACACAAAUCAUGAUCCUCAACUUAAGUGAUCAUGUAAAGCUUUGUUUCUGAUUUGUCCCACCCAUGACCAAUCGGGUGGCUCACCCUACUUACCAGCCUGCACUUAUCCUUAUCGCUUAACUACACAACUUGGGGAUGAUGGGAGUUGCACCCAAGCAAAAAAAAACCUCCAAUCCGAGGAGCAGACCCUCAACUUUCACCCCGCCAGAUCUCGGGGUAAUGGGAGUUACAGCCAGCCAGAUCUGAACCUGAUGAGAGUUGCAGCCUGUGAGGAGGUCUUGGACAGGUGGGAGUUGCACCCCAUCAGCUGUAUGAUUUUAUAAAUAGUCCCAUUAUAUGGUUAUGCAUUUUCUAAUGAGACCAUUAAUAAAAUCCAAACCCAAACAAUAACAAUUUUUAAUAAAUAGCAUUACAAAAUUACUAACCCGGGCAACGCGGGUUACCUAUGCUAGCAUCUAACAGUUUCUCUGCCACAGUUUGUAUUCUGCUUUAAAGCCAUGAACUCCACUUCCAGUCUUGGCAUAUAUCUUUUUAAGCACUUCUGGCAUGUGCAUUUCCCAUAUGUCCUUUUAGCCUCUAUCUUAAUCAUGUCUAGCUCUUUGGCAUGGAGAUAAAAAUCAGGGCGGAAUAGUUUAGGUCAGUGGUUCUCAACAGGUGUUUUGGCUUACAACUCCCAGAAAUCCCAGCCAAUUUACCAGCUGUUGGGAUUUCUGGGAGUUGAAGGCCAAAACAUCUGGGGACCCAUAGGUUGGGACCCACAGGUUUAGGUGGCUAUAUGUCCCUGGGGGUAAUGGUUAGAUACUAACCUGCAGCAUUUCUCUCCCUUGAUUUCACAACACGUCUUUGUUUGACCAUGAUUUUGAAGCAGCAUCUUCUCAAUGUUUGAGAAAGAAAGUCGCCAGGUAUUUUCUAGGUUUUUUAAAAAAUGAAAUACUUAUUUCAGACUUUAUCAGAAGUAUUUUGUAAAAUAUUUGACAAAACUUUUUUUUUCUUUUGGUAUGUAUGUACUUAUGUCAGUGAGGGUCUCAUUAUCAUGAUUGAGCUGUUUCUACCCUGAAUAUUUUUAUACAUUUCUUUAAUAAGGAAUAGAAGGAA